AUGACAAGGAUGCUACAAAUCAUUCAAAGAUCUCCAAUGCAUACUUACGGAUCCUCUGGUAACACCACAACCAAUGUUCCUGGCCAAUCCACCUCGACUGGAGUAGGCUCCAAUACCUAUGGCGCUGGCUCAGGCCCUGGGCAUACAACUGGCGCUCCCUAUGGCAAUUCCAUGGCAGCAGGCGAUAGUUAUGGUGUCGGCGGCAGCACUGGUGGGAGUGGCUUAAACUCCGGAGCCGGAUAUGAGACUGGUACUCACCAUGGCUCAUCUACCACCGGAACUGGAGGUUACCGCGACAAUACUACUACCAGUGCCCUCGGCGCUGGCACUGGGGGUCUCGGUUCGGGCUCCGGCUAUGACACCAACAGGCAGCAUGGCUCCUCCACUGCAGGUGGAGGCUACGGUACUGGCGUUGGUCACAGUGGUCACAGUGCUGGUACAAUUCAUGACUCCCGCAAGGGCCCAAUUGAUGUUGGUCCAGGGACGACUGGGAACUAUGGUGGAUCAAAUACUGCAGGUGCCUAUGGUUCAAGUGGUACUGGUGCUGGUAACAUUAAUGCAGGGCCACAUGGCUCUAAACUUGCCAACAAGCUCGAUCCCCGUGUUGAUAGUGAUCUAGACAACCGUGGAAACCACACUGGAACUGCCAGCUCUCAGUUCACUGGCCAGUCGGGCUAUGGCUCUGGCAACACCAUGUCUGCCGGUCACAACUACGGCAGUACUACCGGUCACUCUACUGGGCACUCGGGCUAUGGCUCCAAUAACCCUAUGUCUAGCAGCGACACCUACGGCAGCAAUACACACAGCCACGGCCCCACUGCUGGAUACGGUGGCCAAGGCAACUUUGGCGGACACGAGACUGGUGCCAGCAGCUACAACACUCAAACCUCCAAGACUGGAAAGACCACUGGUCCUCACAACUCCGACAUCAUGAACAAACUCGACCCUAGAGUCCAAGAAAAGGAACCAGCUUACACUCAGCGCAAUUACUAG